CCACGGAUCGCAGGGCUGAGACCCCGCAGCCAGCUCUCGCCAUGAAGCGGCCCAGGGCGCCCAGUGGCUCCGAUGGCGAGUCUGACGGACCCAUUGACGUGGGUCGGGAGAGCGACCUCAGCCAGAUGGCCAGACCGCUGACCACCCCCAGCCCUUCGCAGAUGCAAGCCCGGAAGAAACGCAGAGGGAUCAUAGAGAAACGGCGCCGGGACCGUAUCAACAGCAGCCUUUCUGAAUUGCGACGCUUGGUGCCCACUGCUUUUGAGAAACAGGGCUCCUCCAAGCUGGAGAAAGCCGAGGUCUUGCAGAUGACGGUGGAUCACUUGAAGAUGCUCCAUGCCUCUGGUGGCACAGGGUUCUUUGAUCCCCGAGCCCUGGCUGUUGACUUCCGGAGCAUUGGUUUUCGGGAAUGCCUCACGGAGGUCAUCAGGUACCUGGGGGUCCUGGAAGGACCCAGCAGCCAUGCAGACCCUGUCCGGAUUCGCCUUCUCUCCCACCUCAACAGCUAUGCAGCUGAGAUGGAGCCUUCACCCACAGCCACUGGUGCCCUGGCCUUCCCUGUGUGGCCCUGGUCUUUCCUCCAUAGCUGCUCGGGGUUGCCUUCCCUGAGCAGCCAGCUCGCCAUUCUGGGAAGAGUGCCUGGCCCUGUCCUUCCCAGUGUCUCUUCUCCCACCUUCCCCGUCUCAGCUCUCCGGUCUACUCCAGUGCACAGAGUGCCUGGCACCAUCCUGCCAGCCCGGAGGAAUCUGUUGCCCAGUCGAGGGGCAGCUUCCGCCCAGAGAGCCCGUCCUCCCGAGAGGCCAGCUGCCCCUCCGCCCACAGCCCCUGGUAGCAGGGUUGCCAGGAGCAACCACGUAGUCCCCGUCCUGCCGUCUUCUUCUCCGACAGCCCCUGGAGCUGGGAAAUCUGAUGACAGUGUGUCUGGUCCCAUCUCCAGUCCGCCUCCUCUGGGGCCAACUGGGAGACCAUCAGGAGCAGUGCUCUACCACUCGUGGGUCUCUGAAAUCACCGAAAUUGGGGCUUUCUGAGCUGACCCCCCUACAACCAUCCCCGAGGAACGAUAAACGUUCCUAUUUUCCCCCCAGGAGCUCUGAAAAUGGUGCCACCUUGUCUGAUUUAUUUUCUAGAACGGCUUCUAUACAAAGGCAUCUCUCCACACCCAUCAGAGCCCCCGCCCCGCCCCCACCACCGACCCUGCUGCCCACCAGGCUCCCCUGUAGCCCUUUCAGAGCUCAGAGCCUCCUUAGUCCCAUUCGCCACAGGCAUAGAUGAGUUAAUGGUGCCCUGUGACCCCCUAGGCACUGUGGACCCAGUACACAUGGACCUUGGGUCUGGAGCUGAAGCUUUAACCUAAAGGAUUCCAUGGCCAGGGGCAGGCUGCUCACAUGAAGAGGUGGGACUCCUAGUCCUGAGGACUGGUGAGAUUCAGCCACCCCAGGCCAGCAGGAUGGAAUGUACUGUCUGCUUCACUUCCUGAAGACGGAAAUGAAGCAGGGGCUAUUGAGACAUCUCUGCAGCCCACCCCGUAACAGUGAAGCACAGGACAGAUCUGUUCCGUACAGCUAAGGCCUGCGGCACCGUUGUCCCCACUUCAGAUGCCUGCAUGACUAUCCACUAAGGCUUGACAAGCCGGGCCAGAAGAAUUCUCCACAGCAGCAAAGCUCUGUGGCAGGAUAUCCCUACCACCAGGUCUCCACAGCGCUUCAGACAGAAGCCAGGACUGAGAGAGCAUCGGGAGAGCCCAGCUGCCUUUCUCUUGGGUGCUGUCCUCCAGGACUAUGGCCCUUCCCACAGGGUCCCCAGUGUGGAGGACCCGUGGCCAUGAUGGUGGCACCCCAAGAGGCAUUCUCUUGGGGUUCAGCACCAGACAUGUGAACUGCCCGGUUUGCAUCCAGCUCCCAGAGCCCAGACUGCUGGCACAGCCAAGGGCCGUCAGGCUGGAUAAAAAUAACUUGGAGGAGGGGGAGAGAGCAGGCAGAGGCUGCUGGGCUCUUCAAGGUCAUGCAGCGGGUCCAGGGCCUGAGAGCCUGCUCACCCAGAUUUCACACAGCUGGCUCCGCUCAGAGGCCACCUCACUCCCCAGCUCCGCCCCGGGCCCCUUGCCUCUCUAAUGGGAGUAAAUGGCCGGUGGAACAGCAGAGGCUGAACGGACAUUUAGGGUUGCCCUAUCAGUAAACAAAGUGUGGAAGCCUUUCUGUCCUCUUUGGUGAGCACCUGCUCCCCACAGUGCCCCUGAGGGCCACCCAACGUGCCAUCUGGGAACACCCUGGUCAAUGCCUGGCAAAACCAAGAUUGUGGGAAUCUGGAAAUGGUUGUUCAUUGACGCUGGGGCCGUGAUGAUUGUGAAAUACGAGGUCAUCCUGGAAGGUCUCCAUUCUCCCCUUGCCAUCCCAGCCUGUGAUGGAACCAUAGUCCCCAGAGCUGUAGUAAGGAGCCUGUGGGCACAAAAGUAGAGUUUACAAAACCCUGGGAGCAAAAGGGUCAUUUCAGAGAAUUGGGACAGAGGGCAGAGGUCACCUGAGUGACCCAGAAAGUGCUUGCGACUAGGUCAAGAAGAGAUAAAGACUGCCUUCAUUUCUUAGCGGAAGCAAGUUCUUUAGUCUGGCUGCCAUGUUGGACUCAUGUGAGGGCAUCCCUGUGGAGUGCAUCGUCAGCCCACCGAGACACAGGUACAGGGAGGGUAGAAGAGUCGUGCAGGCUCCUGGGGUGGGGACAGGUGAUAGAAGUCCCUGGGUAUUAGGGUCUUACUGCAGGCCUGCAGUUUGGCAGCCUCCUAGCCAGAGAUUCGGUGUUCACUCACAGCUGCACUAUGGGAAACACAUUUCCCCACUGCAGGUACCUGAACUACAAAGCAGUCCGUUGACACCAUGGAAACACGGCAGAAAUGGCUGAGCCCUUUAAGCAUCCAUCCUGGUGGGUCUUGGCUUCCUUCUCCCAGGAGACUGGGCAGGUCACACACACACACACACACACACACACACACACACACACACACACAGCUGAGUACUCAAGUCUCCUGUUUCUAGUCCCAACCCUUUCUGGUUGCCCCACUGCAAGGUGUUGCGGGCAGGCAAUAAGGAUGUUUAGUUCUGGAAACUUCCACCACCAAACCUCCACUUCUGCUUCCUGAAUGUUUCUAGACUCUCUGGACCCAGGGUCCAGGCCUGGCAAUGUCCCCUCUCCCCUAGUCUAUUGCCCCGGCUUCCUGGCUUGGCCCUGGCUGUGCCAGUCAGUUCUCAGCCGGCACUGGAGAGAAUGUGGCAUGUGCAGGGCACAUCCUAUCAACCCAGCCUGAACCCCAGACACGCCCCCACCACACACCCUGUUAUUCUAAUGAUAAAAAUCAGAGCUCUUUUUAAAUCCUAUCCUGACUUCCAGCCUUGUUUCGUGCUGACCCCAAACUUGCCCCGUGUUUCUGCUACACAGGCCUGUUCUCAUAUCCCCAGCAUUCCAUCCUUAGAUCUUCUCUCAUGAGGUUUCCAGAAUGCUCCUCCGUUCGCCUUGCAUGGCCUACUUCAGUUCCUUAGGCCUUGCCUUCCAUGUCACCUCCUCCUGGAGGCCUUCCAGGACUAAAGUACUUGAGUAGCUCAUUCUUCUCGAAAGUCCCAGUUGGUUCCCUUCAUGGAGAGUUUGCUAACGCAUGCCUGCUUGUGUGUUUAUUGGUUAGGUAUAUUCCCUACUGGAAUGUCAGUUCAGUGAGGCCAGGGACCACACCUGGCCUGGGCUCCCAUCUCUACGCAGCACUGAGCACAAUGCCUGCUCAUCAUCACUGUCCUAUGAACUUCUGCUGACUCCGUAGAUCAAGGAGGUGAGAAGGUUUCUGGCUGCUUGUGUGGCUGGCACAGAGCCCGAUGAGGGUGGAUUCCACCCUUACUCCCACUGGCUGGCGUUUAGAGGAGACAGGAGAGCCAAGGCCGAGGGACUGGGCAUUCUGGCAGAAUGGUCAGAAGUCCCUGGCCAGAGGAGAGGCAAGCGUCUUGGCCCUGGAGUGCACGCUGACAGCUGAGCCUGCCAGCGGGUUUGUUCUUUGCUCUUGGCCCAGCUCCAUAAUGCAUCCAGCCCCCAACAAAUCCAACAUUCAUGGAGAUCCAGCCUGUGCCAGCCAGGCCUGGCAGAGCCAAAGGUAACAAACACACAGUCACUCAGAGGGCAGCAUACCCUCUGCCUAGAUAAGAUGGGCAUGGAGAGAUCUCUGGAGAAGGCUGAGGGCUGCAGAGUGGGCGUGCUUUUCUGGCUUCUCUGGGAGGGGCCCUGGAAGGAAGCCCUCCUGGAGGAGGACCAAGGGACUCCCUUGCAGAGAUCUGGAGGUUCACCCAGGAAGCUACAGAAGCAGGCUUGGAGCUGAGCGCAGUCCCUCAGCACAAGUGAAAGAUGGGCUAGCCUGAGCUCUGAGACUCAUCUUCCUCACUACACACUCGUUAACGGGAAGUGAUUUUCUUCAAGUUCUUUGCCCUUCUUGAACUUAACAUUUGCAUUUGUAAAAACGGCCAUGAUGCAAUAAUGGCUACCCACAUAUGUGCACGUGCAU